AGGGACAAACUCGAGGGUGACCUAAGGACGCUGACAAUUCAAACUACAUUUGAGGAGGUGCAUCUUUGCGACUUCAAAGACGAAGACAAAUUUAAUUUAGGAAUGACACUGUGGGACGUAACGGAUCAGCAGUUAGUUUGAUAAGAGAGCCGUAACGUCCCACGAGAGGAUUAUUUGGACGUGCCUGAAUAGUUAACCAAAACAAUUUUAGGACUUCUUACUGGCAGCAUCAUGUCUCCUUCACAACUUGGGAUUGUCCUCCUGUGUUGUCUACCUUUGGCAGCAUGUUUGCGCUGUUACACCUGUUUGUUUCCAGCCAUCUCUCCUAUGGACUGCUUUAAGUUUCCUCAGGAGUGUCCAGCUGGUCAGCGCUGCCUGUCCAGUACUGCAACAGGGAGACGGGGCGCUCUACAAGUGACGAUGUACGAGAAGAGCUGUGCAGUACCGUCCCAGUGUGGUGUGAGUGGACAGAAAUACGCCUCAGGGCUCUACUUCAAUUACACCAACAUCUGCUGUGACACAGACCUGUGUAACGGGGCCGGGUCCUUUGCUGCCCUCAGCUGGGGAGGAGCAGCUCUCUGCCUGCUGCCUGCGCUGUCUCUGCUGCUAGCCUGAACAGCAGAGGUGGUGGGGGGGCAGAGGUUUGGAUGGGUUCCAGAGGUUAAAAUCAGAUUUUUUUCUACCCAUAGUAUCUACGUAUCUCCUUAAAAGUAACAAAAAUAAAUCAAUGACUAAACAUAAAAAUAAAUAGUUGACAGCUGUGUGACGUGAUGUACAAAAACAAUCUGUAAAUACUAAAAUACACUGUCAGUAAAAUAAGAAACCAGUACCAAAAUAUACAAUAUUGACAAAAAUUCUCACCUCAAGGUCCACUGAGUGGCUGUUCUGGAGCUUUCAAUCAUGUAUCUACUCAGUUUUGUUUCAAUCACAUUUAAAAAGACUUCUGGGCCCUUUGAUGACUUCUGUUACAUUAAAAAGUUGGUUUAUAGUUCAUUCUUGACUUUGGAAACAGCAACUCACAAAACAAUCUCACCUUGAGGUCCUUUUAGUUGCUGCCCUAGAGCUUUUGAUCAUAAAGCAUGAUCUUCUUCAACAAAUUGAUACCUGUUGAAGACUGGUCAGCAAAGUUAUUACAGGUUAACUAAGACUAAAGUAAAAACUACAACUAGAUGUUAAAAACAUUUUAUCGAACUGAAAUACAAAUAAAACUAGACUCAAAAAAAAAAUUAUAUUGAACUUAUAUUGAAACUAUUUCCAACAACAAAAUAUAAACUGAAACAAGAAAACUCACUCUGGAAACUAAAAAUACAAAACUAUAAUAACACUGCUUCUCUGCCCAUGUUGUUUUGAAAGUUUAAGUUCAAGUGGUAAUUUCUGAUACAAUUAGGAAACAGAAGAUUUACAGGUGAAGAUCAUAUAUGACAGAAAGCUCCAGAACAGCUACGAAAUUGAAGUGACACCAGUUUGUCAACUUCUGUCUCCAAAAUCAGUAAUGAACUUUGAAUUUUUACACCAACAUGGACAAGAAGUCCUUAAAAACCAGAUAUACAGUAUAAACACCCGCAUCUGAAUGUUGAAUGAGUGAAAGCUCCAGAAGAGAUACUAAAUGGACCUUGAGUUGUGAAUGUUUUGUUAACAGCUUUGAAACCAGAAUACAUCGUUUUGUUUUAGCUAUGUAUUAGUGUAUCUGGGAAUGACAUUAUGACAACCCAGUGAUGAAACUAAUAAACUUUAAUACACUAUGCCUUUUUUCUGCACUAACGUGUAUUUGCUGUGAAUGUAAAUGUAUUAUUUUUUAAUCACAAUUCUGCUUUCAAUCAUCAAACAAAACAUUUUGUUGUUUGCAUGUUUUU